AGUAAGAUUCAACGUGCUUUCAUGUUCCGGAGAGCGAAUUACAAUAUUUGAGUACAACGCUCACUGAAGAUGUCAAGAAGUUCACCAGAGACGCCGAGGGACUAUCAACCUCAACAGGCCUAUCCAAAGCGGAUAAAACGGAAGGUAAGCAAGCACCUCUUUGCUUUAAUCUGAAAUAUUUAUUGUAUGCGAUAUUUUUUUAUCGUGCAUCGACAUUCAAUGUAUCAGUUUGUGAAACAAAGGAUCGAUUAUUUUAAUGCGUGCAAAUAUUUCAAUUUUCAUCACUUGAAUUUUCAGGGAAUGCUCACUCAUUUACUGCCUAUGAACUGUUUAGCUUUGAUUCUUUUAGUUUUUUCAAUCUAUUUUCGUGGCUGUAGGUUCACUGGAGAAACAUGUUCAUGUACGGCAUAGAUCUCUUGCUGUUUCUGGGAUUUGAGACAUACAUUGCAUUGUAUUCUAAGACCAAAUAGUUAGUUGCUAAUUGAGCUUAUGUAAGCUUUACUUUGUUGCUGCUGUUUUGUGUGAUUAUCAUCUACCAAAGUCAAAUUGCCGGCUAUUAAAUGUACACUUUGAGCUAUGUAUUAGGCCCUGAAUUCCAAAAUUUGAAAAAAGUAUUUAAUUUUUGUCUUGUCAGAGUUGUUGAACAAAGGCAUCUUUAUGGGACCUCUAUGUGAGAAAAAUAGUUUGGAUGUGGCAAAGGAAAAGCAAAAAGCCCUUGUUACUCCACUCCAGCUCCAGAACGUUUUCCUCCACGCUGUAGCACCAACCAAGGAACAUUUUCAGCAAGGAAAGUAUGUGUCUGGAAAGUGCAUCAUAUUUUCUGUUGAGCAGCUAUCUAAACACUUGACAGAAGUUUUGGAACUUAACCAGUGAGGAAACUGAGCCUGAAAAUGAAGGUGGACUCACCUUCUGGAGUUAAGAUGAACAUGCCAAAAGCUUGUCGGAAGGAAAAGCUAAGCUGGUGAAGAAGCUGAGAGAUGCACGUUAAAAAGUUAUGAUAGCCAUGAGCAAAGCAUUGUGUCCCCAGUUUCAAGAAAAUCCAAUUCUUCUUGUGGAAAAAUGAGUCAUGUACAAUUGCACUAAACAUGACUGUGAGCAAGCUGAAUGGUUCAAUGCAUCUGUCUUACGCCUUGCUGAGGUAUUCCCCCCGGGGGGGGGGGGUAUUUUUUGGGUGGUUAUGUGCUGCCCGGGACCCCAAAUUGGCACCCUGUUCUAAAAAAAAAUUUCCCUAACAUUGAUACCCCCUUCUAGAAAUGGGCCAAUUUUUUAUACCCAGUUCUAGAAUUCGCCCUAAAACUGAAACCCCGUUCUAGAAAUGGGCCAAUUUUUUAUACUCCGUUCUAGAAAGUUUGAAAAUGGAAAUAGCCCUGUUUUUUUAAAAAGAUAUUUCUUUAUUUGUUUGACUUAUACUUCAAAUAAAUGCCUCUUCAUAAUCAGCAACAAUUUUAAGCAGAAGAUAAAGCCGUGAUCCACAAUUUUUUACACCCUGUUCUAGAAAACGCCUCUGAAAUGGAUACCCCGUUCUAAAUCAGGAGCUUCAAAAUCACGACCCCGUUGGG